UUGGCCAAUAGACUUGAAAAUUCAUUCAUUAAUUUCAUCCACUAGUUUAACACUUGGGUGGUAUUUUGACUCUCCCAAACAAUUUUCGUAUCAUUCACUACACAAUAUAUAUAUAUAACUAACUAAAGCACUUAGGCUAUCUCACCACUCUUCUCUUUCUUUUUCAUCCACUUCUCUCUUUGUCACUUGCUUCACUACUUCAACUCUUCCUCUCUAAUGGAAUUCUCCGAGGACUCAAUCGAUCGGACUUUGGUGUUCAAAGGUAAGCGCAGUAAGCGGCCACGGCAGUUCAUGGCGGUGGCGAUGGUUACUUCCACGUCAUCAACCGCUGCCGCCGACGACAGCGCUGGUGGUGGUGGAAGUGGCGGUGAUGGAGGUGAGGAUGUUUAUAAUUACUCAUCAUCGAUGCAGUAUUCAUCAUCAACUACUUCAACUACUCAAAUUUCGACGACGAGCAGUACAGAGGAAGAUGAGGAUAUGGCGAAUUGCUUAAUUCUAUUAGCACAAAGUGGCCGAUGCCAGAAAUUACAAGUGGAAAGUACUGAACGUAAGAUGGUGAAAAUCAGUAGCCGGAAAUUUACAGAAAUGGCUACAACAACACCCGGAAAAGCAGGGUUCUAUGUCUACGAGUGUAAAACUUGUAACAGAACGUUUCCAUCUUUUCAAGCACUUGGUGGGCAUAGAACAAGUCACAAAAAAAUCAAAACCGAAGAGAAAAAAUCUACUGCUGAUUCUGUUUCACCUUCAAUCGAUCAUCAUCAUCAACAACAACAACAAGAGGAGAAAAUCAAUCGGAUUGUAACCGCUCCUACUCAAAUAGUCAACAAAGGUAAUUCGAAUUUACAUAGCAAUUUGAUCAACAAGCAGCCAAAAAUUCACGAGUGUUCAAUUUGUGGGGCGGAAUUCUCAUCGGGUCAAGCUUUGGGUGGUCACAUGAGAAGACAUAGACCACCAACAAUUACAGCAACAAACACUAAAAUCACUGUUGAUGAAACAAGUAACAACACUUCAGAUAAUUUAUCACACGAUGAUGAUCAGAAUUCGAAAAAGCCAAAGCUCUUCUUAUCGCUUGAUCUGAACCUGCCGGCGUCACCGGAAGAUGAUCAUCACCGAGAUGAUAAUAAUAAUUUUGAAUUUUCAGCUAACCAGCAAAGUCUCCUCUUCUCCGCUGCAGCUUUGGUGGAUUGCCAUUACUAAUUAAACUGAAGUGAUCAGUUUUACUUUUUUUUUCUUCUUCUUAAUUUUGUCAUUACUAUAAUUUUUAGAAUCAUUGUUGUUGCUAUUUAUAAUUGUCAUUACUAUAUAUUCUUCAUAAAUUUUAUUGUAGAUUGUGUAUAUACAUAUCCAUUUUUGGAGAACAAGUUGGUUUCACCAA